CUCGCUCCACGGGCCAGCUUGACCAUGGUGAAAACAUACAUCCUCGCUCCUAACUGGACAACGGCUCCCCCGCCAAAUGGGCCAAUUCAACUUGGCCAUAUCCUGGACGAUUUGACCGAAUUCGUACCCCUAAACCGCCGCAGCGUGCCUGAAAUACCGGAAGAUGACAAGAACCCUGCCGAUAUCAAGACUGGCUUCACAACGUCUCGAAGCGAACUUUUGUCCGGCGAACUCGGUGUUUUCGCCCGAAUUUUUGGCCUAGUUGGCAUUGGAGCAGGGGCUGGCGUCUUCUACGAGAAGAACAAGAGCGAUGUCUUGAUCUGCAAGAGACUGGACACAACGACUUUUGAUCCUACGCCAGAGUACAUUGAGAAAAGCGUCAAGGUACCAGAAGUCAGCCAUUACAUGAAACUCCGCCGAUACAAGGAUCCCGUUUAUAUGGUAACUGGGCUCAAGAUCGGCCGUGAAUGCUCCCUUCAGAGCAGUCAAAGUAGAAACAAGGGCUUCAAGCUGGAUGGCGGCUUGAAUGUUCCGGCCACGCCUUGCCAGACUGGCUUCGAGGCUGGCCUGUCUACCUCCGCUACACAAGGCGAAAGCUGGGAAGGCUCGACCGACUUCAUUGUCGCUUUUCGUGUCAAGAAAAUCUGGUACCAUCAAGGAGAGCUGCGCAACAAAACGCACCAAGACAAGGCCGUGAUGCAGGAUGGAGGAGCUGUGAAGACCGAAAGCACCAUGGUGCUGAUGCAUGAUGAUGAUGUUACUCCUGACAAUGUAUUUAUUGACAAGGCUUUGACUACUGAGAUGGAGGCCGAGAACGGUGAAGAGGUGGUUUGGAUCGUUCCAAAGGUUGGCCAGGACUUGGAGCAACCAAGAUGA